CCGGAAAGGCAAAAAAGCACACAUAUUUGAAAAUAAGAGGAGCCGGUUCCCAGCAGCACAUCACACUUUGCAGGAAGUCAAUAGAGAAGUACUCCUUAUUUGAAAAUAAGAGUUUGAGCGGAGUAAGUAGUAGUUUGUUCUUAAAAAUGAGAACAGCUUCCAUAUUUGGUUGAUAUCGAUCACGUUCAAUAGAAAGAAAGGUUAGAAAGCCUAGCGAACCAGAAAGGUGUACUGCAAGCAAGCAAGACUAUUAUCUAGCGGCUAGUGUGAUAUGGGUCAAGUGCAGAGUGGGGACGAAGCUGCUGCAGCAGCAUCAGCCGAUCAAUCUCAUAUCCCUGCCGCUACUCAAAGUGCUUCAUCGCCCACCGAUUCCGCGCUCCACCAGUCUUCGCCGCAGCCUUCGCUUGAUUCAUUAAUUGCAGAAGCUGCAGCUUAUGGAGCAAGUGGUGCUAAUGAGUCACUUGAUGAGAAGGCUGAGAAAGCCCUGGAAUGUCCUUGCAUUGCUCACCUUAGGAGUGGUCCCUGUGGUUCACAGUUCUCUGAUGCUUUCCUCUGUUUCCUCAAAAGCACAGCUGAAGAAAAGGGCUCGGACUGUGUUCAACCUUUUGUGGCUCUGCAGAACUGUAUAAAGACAAAUCCAGAUGCAUUCUCAAAGGAUAUCCUUGUUGAUGAUGAGGCCUCCCGCAAAGAAGAAGCCAGUAAACAGGACGAAAUUCCCACAAAACAACAUAAAAUCAUUCCACCAAUGUGGUCUGCCCAAUCAAAAGGGGCAAAGCACAAGUCAUAGAGGGUUAUUAUGCCUUUUUACUCUCUAGUAUAGGGUCCUAAUUGAAUGUAGUAGCUCUCAAAGCCAGAUUUAUACUACCCUCUCUGAAAUAGAUGUGCAUUUUAACCGUCUGAGCAUAUUUAGAUAAAAAAUAGAGGGAUAAAGAAUAGAACUAGAGAUGCUAUUUUACAGUUUCCUUAAAAAAAGUACGGGUAGUAGUGGUACUGGGAAAAUUGAUCCAAAAUUUGUUCUACAGAAAAUUGCACUUUUGGUGUCCCACACUUGUGGUGAUAGUGGAUUUGGUUCCAAAUUUAAGAAUCACAACGUUGUCUCUCAAUUUUUAGCAAGUUUAAACUCCGUUAAUUU